AUGUCUGACCCGGAGCCCUCGGUGGCAAUCUCAUCUUCGCCCUCUCUCCCGGCCACUGACUCCAAUCCUCUCAAUUACGCCUUUCUCGUGCAUUCACAAAAAACACUCACUCAAAAUCUGCCUCCGCGCGUCGACAACAAAUUACUAGCCCGCCAAAAGCGACGACGAACGAGUCCGGAGGACCACGCCGUGCUGGAAUCGGAAUAUCAGAGGAAUGCCAAACCAGACAAGGCAGCCCGCACCGGGAUCGUGAAUCGCGUCUCGCUCGGCGAGAAAGAGGUCCAGAUUUGGUUCCAAAACCGCCGCCAAAACGAUCGCCGCAAAUCCAAACCCCUCCAACCACACGAAUUACUGGCCCCGCGGUCGGGCUUACUGGAUUCCUCUGGCCAGCCUUUGAGUGAUGAUAACGCGUCGGCGGAGCCGGGGUCUUCAAGUGGGGCAGAGCAAUUUGACAACGAACAUCGCGAGGAAAUGGCGCCCAAAUCGUGGCACGGAGGACUGCUGAAUUUCUCCGAUGAUUCGGACCCGAUAACGGGCGACAGAGAUGAGAAUGAACAGGAGCAUGAGCAGGAACCUGAGUUGCCUCCAAGCACGCAAACAAGCGUGGCCACGGAGGUCAUGGACGACACUCCCCAGGCCACACAAGAAGAGUUUUCCCACGUGAAUCAAUCUUCAGAUUCCCUCCUGCCGGUGCCCAGCAGGAAACGAUCUUUGUCGGAUAUGAGAGGCGAGAGAGAAAAUGAGCAGACAAACACACAAAUCACACCAGCCACACCGACCAAAUCCCCACCAUCUUUGAGAUUGUCAAUGUCCUUCGAUGGAGAAGCUCUCGUACGCAAAGAAGGGGAACUGACUCCAUCACCGCCCAAGGGCCGCAACUCACUGCGCAUCGCGAUGUCAUCAGAUGGCAAGGCAGUCAUCCGAGGCGAAAACGAACCAUCUCCAUCCAAAAACCGAGUCGCGAUGUUCUCAGUGCGCCGAACAAAAAUGUCCAGCCUGCGACGGAGCAGCAGUGCCGUGUUCCCAGCUACGCCGCGGGCAGGUGUGGCCGACAAAGAUCGGAUCUUCGGUCGCUCUCGCGACCCCCGCAACUGGGAAUCGUUCUGCGACACAGACGCACGAAGCGCCCUAUCAACGCCAAGCAGCGCACCCGUUGCGUCACCGAGUCUCUUCCAUUCACGCAGUCAGCGAUCGCUACCACGCAGUGCAUCCGGGCGAUAUGGCCUUGCAGCCAACCCGGAUCUGACCAAUACGCCGAUUUCGCAAUCCAUGGGUGAGAAACGACGCAAGUUAGCUCGGACCGUUUCAUCUCUUGGGCGGCUGGAGAGUGGUCGCAACCGAGCCAACAUGAACCCUCCUAAAAUCUCCAAACCCGUCUUCUCCAAGUCAGGAAAACCCUACUUGGAGAUGGAUCCUGGUGACUCCGAUAAAGAGAACUGGGUGCCGGGCACUCGGUCAGCGAAUAUUCGUCGCCGGAACACGUCACAUGUAUCACGGCCGGCCUUGGGCGAUACGAACCGCAAUCGCGGCCUCGGCAUCUCAAAUGGCAAACGCAAUCGGCCACCUCAAUCUCGCGCGCAGGGCAAAGCCCCGGAGAUGAGUGCGGAGGUCUCGGCUUUCAUGGCUGGGGGCUCGGGCGAUACUCAAGAAGAUGAUCUUGACUGUGUCCAGGGUCUGUUGUCGUUGAGCCAAGGGGCCUGGCGAUAA